CCAAUAUGGCGGCGCCCAAGAACGGCUGAGGCGUGUAGCGGAGGAUGGCGCUGGUGGCGGGGACUCGGCUGGGGCGCCGGCUGAGCGGGCCGGGGCCGUGGCGCGGACACUGGACGGCGGCCGGGCGCUCGCGGAGCCGGCGCGAGACGGCGGAGGCCGAGGCGGACGCGCCCGUGUUCCAGUACGUGGGCGAGCGCGCGACCCGCGCCGACCGCAUUUUCGUGUGGGGCUUCAGCUUCUCCGGGGCGCUGGGCGUGCCCACCUUCGUGCUGCCCGGCUCCGGGCCCCAGCCCCGCGCCGGCUCGCGGCCGCGCCGCAGGAUCCAGGCCGUGCCCUACCGCCUGAAGCUGGACCAAAAGAUUUCAUCUGCUGCCUGUGGUUAUGGAUUCACAUUGCUGUCCUCUAAAACCAAGGAUGUUACAAAAGUUUGGGGUAUGGGACUCAACAAAGAUUCUCAGCUUGGAUUUCACAGGAGCCGGAAAGAUAAAAUGAGGGGAUAUGAGUAUGUUUUGGAGCCCUCGCCCGUCCCACUGCCACUGGACAGACCUCAGGAGACGCAGGUGCUGCAAGUCUCCUGCGGCAGAGCCCACUCUCUGGUUCUGACAGACAGCGAAGGAGUCUUCAGCAUGGGGAACAAUUCUUACGGGCAGUGUGGAAGAAAAGUGGUCGAAAAUGAAGUUUACAGUGAAAGUCACAAAGUCCAUAGGAUGCAGGACUUCGAUGGACAGGUGGUCCAGGUCGCCUGCGGUCAGGACCAUAGUCUGUUCCUGACGGAUAAAGGAGAAGUGUAUUCUUGUGGAUGGGGCGCGGAUGGGCAAACAGGUCUGGGUCACUACAAUAUCACCAGCGCACCCACCAAGCUGGCUGGAGACCUUGCCGGAGUGAACGUUGUCCAGGUGGCCACCUACGGGGACUGCUGCCUGGCUGUGUCGGUCGAUGGCAGCCUCUUCGGGUGGGGGAACUCUGAGUACCUGCAGCUGGCCUCUGUCACGGACUCCACACAGGUGAACGUCCCCCGGUGCCUGCCCUUCUCAGGAGUCGGGCGGGUGAAGCAGGCUGCGAGUGGGGGCACAGGCUGUGCUGUACUAAACGGAGAAGGACAUGUUUUCGUCUGGGGCUAUGGAAUUCUUGGGAAAGGACCAAACCUCAUGGAAACUGCCCUUCCAGAAAUGAUUCCACCCACUCUCUUUGGCUUGACGGAGUUCAAUCCAGGAGUCCAGGUUUCCCGCAUUUGCUGUGGACUCAGCCACUUCGCCGCCCUCACCAGUGACGAUGCCUGGGGAGCCUGUGGAUGUGGCGUGCGGUGUGGACCACAUGGUGACCCUGGCCAGGUCCUUCAUCUGAACGUCCUCCCCGGCCCGCUCGAGCCAGGCCUCGGCCUCAGGACCGCUUGGACUGCACAGCAGAGGCAGCCGCUGGGGCUCUGGUUGGGGCCCGAGAGGGUCGGGGCCCUCCGUGUGGUGUGCCGCGCUCCCCGGCAGCCCGGAGCGGUGUGACCGGAGGUUCCGGGACGGGGUCCCCCCUCCUGCCGAGGGUGAGACGUGCUGCACUCAGCACAGAUGCCGCCGUUAUCGGCCGAGCCCCAGGGGUGUGUGGCCCCGGCAGGGCGAGGAUGAUCUGCUCAUCUUGGCUCCUUCUGGGGAACACACGACGGCUUCUGGUGUCAUGUCUGGUCUUUGGAAAGCUUAGCCCGCUCAGCCGUCUCUGCUUGCUGCUGCGACACCAGCCGAAACCCCUUGCACUGGAGGUCUCCCUGGAAAUGCCAGUGGGCGCCAGCCCAGGACCCUGUGGGCCCAUGGCUCUCAGCAGCCUUGUAACCAUUCUUACUGCCUGGCUUAGAAGACUUGAGAAGCCCCCACGGGAGGAAGAGCGAGGCCAAAUUCUUGUGGGCCAAGGGCUCUGAACACAUCCUGCAAAAGCUUGGCUGGAGUACUAGUCUUGGAGAAGGAAAAUUCAGAAACAGUGACAAACAUUUGCAUUAGUAGUGUAACUUGUCUUUUUCUUUAAAAACUUCUUUUAAAAAUCUCUCUUGGAAUAAAGUCUAUUUUCUGCUUUUUCGUUUUUAAGAA